AUGGCGCGGCACAGCCAGCCGCCAUCCCCGCCCCGGGAGAGCAUGGACUACCGCUACGAACCGCCGGCGGCGACGCCGCCCGAGGACGGCCGGCAACGGCAGCGGCAGCGGCAGCGGCAGCGGCAGCAGCAGCAGACUGCCGGGCACAAGGGCAGGGACGGCGGCGACCGUAUGGACGUCGACGACCACAGCCGCCCCGCCGCCUGCGACGGCAAGGACAUGGACGCCGCCGCCGUGCUCCUGGACCUGGGGAACCCGGCCCGCAAGCCCGGCGCGCCGCCGCCGCCGCCCGCGCGGCUCGCGUCAUCGAUCCCGCUGCCUGUGGGGGGCGGCCGCAAGCGCGCGCUGUCCAUGUAGGGAUCUGCUGGUGAUGAACGAUCUGUUUUGUUUCGUAUCCUUUUUUUCUUGUUCCUUUUGAAAUACCUAGGGUCUUGUUCUUUUUCUUGUG